AUGGCUUUUAAAGCUACAACCGGGAAUCUUGAAUCAUCUUGGACAUUUUCGGCAGCUUGUCCGGUGAAUUUUGAGAACGAAAACUACACGAUCAUCACAAGCCAAUGCAAAGGACCCGUAUACAAACGUGACCUGUGUUGCAACUCGUUUUUGCAAAUCGCCUGCCCUCAUUGGGAACAAGUUAACGAUGAGAAGACCAAUUGUGCAUCGACUUUGUUUAGUUACAUUAACUUGUAUGGUAAAUACCCUCCGGGGCUUUUUGCUAGCAUGUGUAAAGGAGGCAAGGAUGGUCUUAGUUGUGAUAAUGUCGAUAAAUCUGCUAACCACAAAGCCAACAACGGUCCGGCUGCAGUCACGCCGGUUCAUUCCCCGGUGUUGUUGAUCACCAUUGGACUCCUUGGCUUCAUACUAGACUUUGUAUAA